CGCCGCCCUCUCUCCCUCUCUCCCUCCCUAUUUCGCCCGCCCUGGCCCUGCCCCUACCCCUGCCCAGCCCGGUCCUCUCCGCCCCUCCGCGCCCGGGGUGUCAUUGGACGGGGGAGACGCAAGCCAACUUCUGGCUGCUUGGAGGAAGCCGGUGCAGUCACCUGGGUGCAAGAGCUUUGCUGCUUCGGGCUCUCCCGCUGCAGGGGGAGCGGCACUCGCUGGCCUGGAUGUGGUUGGAUUUAGGGGGGCUCCGCAGCAGGAGUGUCUUUGCGUUGGCGAGCGCUGCAACAGGUAGACGCCGAAACGGACCCCGGCCGAGGCAGGGAGAAGAAAUAGUUUUGUUUGGGGAUUUUGGAAAGAUCAGAUGGCUCAGUGAAUUAGCUAUGGAGACCAAAGGCUACCACAGUGUCCCUGACGGUCUAGAUAUGGAAAGACGGUGGGGUCAAGUUUCUCAGGCUGUGGAUCAUUCUUCCCGGGGACCUACAGAGAGGACCGAUGAGAAUAACUACAUGGAGAUUGUCAAUGUAAGCUGUGUUUCCGGUGCUAUUCCAAACAACAGUACUCAAGGAAGCAGCAAAGAAAAACACGAACUACUCCCUUGCCUUCAGCAAGAUAAUAAUCGGUCUGGGAUUUUAACAUCUGAUGUUAAAACCGAGCUGGAAUCUAAGGCACUUUCGGCAACUGUAGCCGAGUCCAUGGGUUUGUACAUGGAUUCCAUAAGAGAUGCUGACUACGCCUAUGAUCCGCAGAACCAACAAGGAAGCGUGAGUCCAGCGAAGAUUUAUCAAAACGUUGAACAGCUGGUAAAAUUUUACAAAGAAAAUGGCCAUUGUCCUUCGACUCUAGGCAUGAGCAGGCCCCUGAGGUCGUUCAUGCCGGACUCGGCGAACUCUGUGAACGGUGGGGCCAUGCGCACCAUUGUGAAAAGCCCUAUCGUGUGUCACGAGAGGAGCCCCUCUGUGUGCAGCCCUCUGCACAUGGUGUCUUCAGCGUGCAGCCCUGCUGGGAUCGGCUCUGUGUCCUCCACCUCCGCCAGCUUCGGCAGUUUCCCAGUGCACAGCCCUGUCGCCCAGGGGGCUCCCCUGACAUGCUCCCCAAGUAUUGAGAAUCGAGGUUCCAGGUCACACAGCCCAGCACAUGCCAGCAAUGUGGGCUCCCCUCUCUCAAGUCCAUUAAGUAGCAUGAAAUCCCCAGUUUCCAGCCCUCCGAGUCACUGCAGUGUCAAAUCUCCAGUCUCCAGUCCUAACGUGACUCUGCGAUCCGCCGUGUCCAGCCCGGCAAAUAUCAACAACUCAAGGUGCUCCGUGUCCAGCCCUUCCAACACGAAUAACAGAUCCGCGCUCUCCAGCCCGACGGCUAGUACUGUGGGGUCUAUCUGUAGCCCCGUAAACAACGCCUUCAGCUACACUGCUGUGGGCACCCCUGCGGGGUCCGGUGCGGCCCGAGACGUGGUUCCCAGCCCAGACACACAUGAGAAAGGUGCUCACGAGGUCCCCUUUCCCAAGACUGAGGAAGCAGAGAAUGCCAUCUCCAACGGUGUGACAGCCCAGCUUAACAUCGUCCAGUAUAUAAAACCAGAGCCAGAUGGAGUGUUUAGCAGCUCGUGUCUAAAAGGCAACAGCAAAAUCAACUCUGACUCCCCAUUCUCAGUACCAAUCAAGCAAGAAUCAACCAAGCAUUCGUGUUCAGGCACCUCUUUCAAAGGGACUCCAACAGUAAACCCGUUUCCAUUGAUGGAUAGCUCGUAUUUUUCCUUUAUGGAUGAUAAAGACUAUUAUUCUCUGUCGGGAAUUUUAGGACCGCCUGUGCCCGGCUUUGAUGGGAACUGUGAGGGCAGCAGCUUCCCAAUGGGGAUCAAGCAAGAACCAGAGGACGGGAGCUAUUUCCCUGAGGCCAGUAUCCCGUCAUCCGCCAUUGUUGGUGUGAAUUCAGGGGGACAGUCCUUCCACUACAGGAUUGGUGCUCAAGGCACAAUAUCCUUGUCACGAGCGGCCAGAGACCAAUCUUUCCAACACCUGAGUUCCUUUCCUCCUGUGAAUACGUUAGUGGAGUCAUGGAAAUCACACAGUGACCUGUCAUCUAGAAGAAGUGAAGGAUAUCCGGUCCUAGAGUACAUUCCAGAAAAUGUAUCAAGCUCUACUUUACGAAGUGUUUCUACUGGAUCCUCAAGACCUUCCAAAAUAUGUUUGGUGUGUGGGGAUGAGGCUUCAGGAUGUCAUUAUGGGGUAGUAACCUGUGGCAGCUGCAAAGUGUUCUUCAAAAGAGCAGUGGAAGGUAAAUGUUCAUGGCAACACAACUAUUUAUGUGCUGGAAGAAACGAUUGCAUCAUUGAUAAGAUUCGACGGAAGAAUUGUCCUGCCUGCAGACUUCAAAAAUGUCUUCAAGCUGGAAUGAAUUUAGGAGCCCGAAAGUCAAAGAAAUUGGGAAAGUUAAAAGGGAUUCAUGAGGAACAGUCGCAGCAGCAACAGCCCCCGCUCCCGCCCCCACCGCCCCAGAGCCCCGAGGAGGGGACAACCUACAUCGCGCCUGCAAAAGAGCCCUCUGUCAACACAGCGCUGGUCCCCCAGCUCUCCACCAUCUCUCGCGCACUCACGCCUUCCCCUGCCAUGAUCCUCGAGAACAUCGAACCUGAAGUUGUGUACGCGGGCUACGACAGCUCCAAACCUGACACCGCCGAAAAUCUGCUCUCCACUCUGAACCGCCUGGCAGGCAAGCAGAUGAUUCAAGUCGUGAAGUGGGCAAAGGUAAUUCCAGGAUUUAAAAACCUGCCGCUUGAGGACCAAAUUACCCUAAUCCAGUAUUCUUGGAUGUGUCUAUCAUCAUUUGCCUUGAGCUGGAGAUCGUACAAACAUACGAACAGCCAAUUUCUCUACUUUGCACCAGACCUAGUCUUUAAUGAAGAGAAGAUGCAUCAGUCUGCCAUGUACGAGCUGUGCCAGGGGAUGCACCAAAUCAGCCUCCAGUUCGUCCGACUGCAGCUCACCUUUGAAGAGUACACCGUCAUGAAGGUUUUGCUGCUGCUAAGCACGGUUCCAAAGGAUGGCCUCAAAGGCCAAGCUGUAUUUGAAGAAAUGAGGACAAAUUACAUCAAAGAGCUGAGGAAGAUGGUAACUAAGUGUCCCAACAAUUCUGGACAGAGUUGGCAGAGGUUCUAUCAACUGACCAAGCUUCUGGACUCCAUGCAUGAUCUGGGAAAUGACUUGCUGGAGUUUUGCUUCUACACCUUCCGAGAGUCCCAGGCCCUGAAAGUGGAGUUCCCCGCGAUGCUGGUGGAGAUCAUCAGCGACCAGCUGCCAAAGGUGGAAUCCGGGAACACCAAGACCCUCUACUUCCACAGGAAGUGACAGCCACAUCUCAGCAGAAGAACUUUGCCUUAAGUUUCCCUGUGUUACUCAACACCCACGAAGGACCCAAGAAAUCAUAUUUUUAACAUGGGAUGGUGGAUUCACACUCAUUUGGC